CACUUUUAAACGGCGAUAAUAAUAUUAAUGAUGGUAAUAACAUUAUUCCACAACAACAAUAUUUAUCGCUUCCGCCGUCCCGAAUACAACAACAUUUACAAUUCUCGCCUCAACUACAACAACCACCUCAAAUACAGCAAUAUUUAUACACCAAUAGUGAUAAUAAUAAUUAUGUCAGUUCCGAUCUUAUUAAUUUAACCAACAGAUCAUAUGCUAGUAAUAAACCAGCAUUAUUUAGAAAUGGAACAAAUCAUCAAUUGUUUGAAAAAUCAAAAUCCAAUAAUCAACCUAGGAAUGGCUGGGUCAUGGAAUUGUGA